GGAGCCCAGCCGGCGGAGAGCUGGCCCGGAGGCUUGAGGAUGGAGCCGUCCCAGCCUCUGCGGCGGCUCCCGGGGGCUCGGAGGCUCCAGCUCCUGCUGUUGAUGCUGCUGCCCGAAUGGUGCUGGGGCAAAUACGUGAAGGGCAACCUUAGCACCAAAGAGGAUUGGGUGUUUUUGACUAGAUUCUGCUUCUUUUCCGAUUAUGGACGCCUGGAUUUUCAGUUCCGCUACCCAGAGAACAAAUGUUGUGAGAACAUUCUCCUUUAUUUUGAUGAUCCUUCCCAGUGGCCCGCUGUUUACAAAAAGGGAAAUAAGGAUUGUCUGAUGAAAGAAUCCGUUAUCCGCCCGGAAAACAAUCAAGUUAUCAACCUUACAACUCAGUAUGCCUGGUCUGGGUGCAAGCUGGUGACCGAAAAUUCAGUCCGGUAUCUGAGUUGCACAAGUGGGAGGAGUUUCCGUUCUGUCCGGGAACGCUGGUGGUAUGUGGUUCUCAGCAAAUGUGGGAGUGACGGCUUGGAACUGGAGUACGAGAUGAUUUUGACGAACGGCAAAUCCUUCUGGACACGUCACUUUUCCGCGGAUGAAUUUGGUAUCCUGGAAACUGACAUCACUUUCCUGCUUAUAUUCAUCUUGAUCCUCAUCAUCUCUUGCUACUUUGGCUAUCUGUUGAAAGGCCGGCAACUUUUACAUACCACAUACAAGAUGUUCAUGACAGCAGCUGGAGUAGAGGUGCUCAGCCUGAUGUUCUUCUGCAUAUACUGGGGCCAGUAUGCAAGUGACGGUAUUGGAAACGACAGUCUUAAAAUCUUGGCCAAGCUCCUUUUCUCUGUGAGUUUCUUGAUCUUCCUCUUGAUGCUCAUCCUGUUGGGAAAAGGAUUCACGGUUACCAGGGGUAGGAUCAGCCACACAGGCUCCAUCAAGCUCUCGGUGUACAUGACCCUCUACACCAUCACUCAUGUCGUGCUGUUUAUCUACGAAGCUGAGUUUUUUGAUCAGGCCCAAGUCCUGUACACCUAUGAAUCUCCAGCUGGAUAUGGCUUGAUCGCCCUGCAGUUUGUGGCUUACAUCUGGUUCUGCUACGCCAUCCUCAUCACUCUCAAACAGUUCCCGGAGAAACAACCUUUCUACGUGCCGUUCUUUGCUGCUUAUACCCUCUGGUUUUUUGCUGUUCCGGUCACCGCGCUUAUCGCUAACUUUGGCAUACCAAAGUGGGCUCGGGAGAAAAUAGUCAACGGCAUUCAACUGGGGAUUCAUCUGUACGCUCACGCAGUUUUCCUGAUUAUCACCAGGCCCUCCGCAGCCAAUAAGAACUUCCCGUACCACGUGCGGACGUCGCAGAUCGGGAUCGUCGAGGAGGCUGCGACGGGAGCCAAAUUUCCGCACCACGUCUAUGGAAACGUGACUUUCAUCAGCGACUCGGUGCCAAACUUCACAGAGCUGUUCUCCAUCCCCCAGAGUACAGGAAGCAACACCAGCAAUACCCACAAACAAAUGGAAGACACCUCUUCUGCUGACCGAAGCCUGACCUCCAACUGCGUGGUCACCACCUCCGAACUCAGCGGUGCCCCCGUGUUGUUGAAGCCAUCCCUGGGGAGCGAGACUCAGCCUCCGCCCUACCAGCUCCAUGCGCCCCAACUCCACCAACAUAAUGGCUACACCGAGUAUUUUAGCAUGCAUACAACCGGCGCCCGGCCCGUGUAAGGGUCUCUUGACUCUCUCCCUCUUGGCUAUGCUGAUUCCUAUCUCGACAUUUCCUGGGUCGGGGGGUGGGGGAGUCCCCUCUCUCAGACAAUGGCACCCCCAUCCUUGGUUUCUCUCCUUUAUCCUGUGGCAUCUUUCCCUUUUGUGCAAUUUCCCUCCCUUCUUUUGGAUUCUGCAAUGAUACCAGGGAGACGAGAUAGGGUGGGUGGAUUCUGCCCUACUCUCCCCACCACUUCCUGACUCCUUCGCGGUGACCCAAUUAGUCUGUGGGUCAUACCGCUCCUUCCCCAUGGGACAGUCUUAAGCUUUCCCACCCGCUCUGGGGCUGCUACGGUGUGGGGAAGCCAAGCACUGAAUGAACAUGGGUCUAAAUUCUCUUCUAGUUAGAUCAGGGGUGGCCCACUCUGGCCACUUGUGGACUUCAACUCCCAGAAUUCCUCAGCCGGCACAGCUGCCUCAGGAAUUCUGGGAGCUGAAGUCCACAGGUCAUAGAGCGACAGGCCCAUCUUCAGCUGAUUUUUUCCCCCCUGUGUAAACCAGUGUGUUCCUCAACUUUGGCAACUUGAUGAUGAGUGGACUUCAGCUCCAUGGCUGGCUAGGGAAUUCUGGGAGUUGAAGUCUAUACGUCUUAAAGUUGCCAAGGUUAAGAAACGCUGCUGUAGGGCCAAGAACAUCUAGUUUUCCUCAGCCGCCAUUGUGAUUCAGUGGUUUUCCUCUCUGGGUCCCACAAUGAUGAAACUGAUUCGCCUUGUAAUUAUAUCUCCAUGUUACAUGACUCUGUACUAUUAACAUCUUUUGGUCCACUUUUUAUUUCUUUCUGCUCCCUUGUGAAGAUAGUUUGAAUCUUCUAGGUCCCUCUGCCUCGGUUUCCCCCGGAUAAUGAUGUUGCCCUCGUUAGUUCCUAGGAACUAAAGUUACCCUGUGGUAAGAGGAGCAUCCAAUAAAUUUGAUAAAUAAAUACAUAAAAUAAAAUGAAUGUGCUGUGGGUUCUGCUCCCUGAUCCUGGUGAAUUUCUGAAAACCACAAGAGCACAUUUUUAUUUUUAUUUUUUGCUUUUCUUCUCUUCGUUUUGCCAAAAUAAAGAAUAUUCUCAUGUUUCUAUUUCAGUGUGAAAACAUGUGACUCUUAGGGAAACAUCUGCUUAUAAAAGGAGGAAGAGAUACCGAACAUGGAACAUUUCUAUUUUUUUUCUUCUACUGGUAAAAUAGCCUGUUAACCACAGACACCGAUGUAAUACACGCUUGGCUUUCUUCCUCGGGAUAAUCUGCAAAACUAAUAGAACCAAACCUAUUUUUUAAUGUGGCACAGCAGUCCAAUAAAGGAUCCCUGAAAAUGGUA